AUGGCCUUUCUUGUCGUUCCUUCUCCGAGCCUGAACGUGAUUAUACAUGAGGUGUUCCUUGCGGCGGCGCUGGUCAAUGCCUACGCCGCUGGUUCCAGGAAAGACGCUCCCUUUUCUACUGACGCCAUCGAAGCCAUCCUGUUGGGCAAACUCGAGGUUCCCAAGAAUGGCUCCAAAGCUGCCAGGAAUGCCGUGGGCGACCCAAGCGGGUCGGUGGUAAUGAGACUGGAUAUCCACAUCGUUCAGAAGCGAACGAGAACCGGCAAGAACGGCGGCGAUGUCGCCAUUGCCAUUCCGACUGAUGCGCUCGCCCGCCUUCUUGAUGACUAUUUCAUUGCCACGCUGUUUGGCAACAGGGAGAUUCCCAAGAAUGACAAACUCGCCGUUGGCGAUCCAAGGGGCAUGGCGGACAUGACUCUAAAGAUUUACCAGAACAAAAGCCCAGCCUGUGAAGCUUGCGUACAAAGUAUUGGCUUAUGA